UGCAUAACAAUUAUAGUAUCUCCAUUCCUUCUCUCUAGCUAGCUUCACUGCAAUGGCAUCAACGGUUUUGGGCCUGGCCGUGGCAGUAGCCAUCUUGGGGUGCAGUCUGGUAGCCCACGUGGCGGAGGGUAGGGCUUUUUUCGUAUUUGGUGACUCGCUGGUCGACAAUGGCAACAACAAUUACUUGGCCACCACGGCUCGCGCCGACUCGCCUCCUUACGGCAUCGACUCUGCCUCCGGCCGCCCCUCCGGCCGCUUCUCCAAUGGCCGCAACAUCCCUGAUUUCAUCAGUGAAGCACUUGGGUCGGAGCCCACAUUGCCGUACUUGAGCCCAGAGCUGAACGGUGAAAGGCUGCUUGUCGGUGCCAAUUUUGCUUCCGCCGGCAUUGGGAUCUUGAAUGACACUGGCGUUCAGUUCGUGAACAUAAUAAGGAUGUUCCAGCAGUACCGAUACUUCGAGCAGUACCAAGCACGGCUGGCAGCGCUGAUCGGGCCGGAGCAGGCCCAGCAGCUGGUGAACCAAGCCCUCGUUCUCAUCACCGUCGGCGGCAACGACUUCGUCAACAACUACUACUUGGUCCCGUUCUCCGCUCGCUCCCGCCAGUACGCCCUCCCGGACUACGUGAACUACCUCAUCUCCGAGUACAGGAAGCUCCUCGAGAGGCUCUACGACCUCGGAGCCCGCCGGGUUCUGGUCACCGGCACCGGCCCGCUCGGUUGCGUGCCGGCAGAGCGGGCCAUGAGGGGCGUCGCUGGUCAGUGCGCUCCGGAGCUCCAACGUGCGGCGGCGCUCUUCAACCCGCAGCUCACUGAUUUGAUUGGGGAGCUGAAUUCGGAGCUUGGGGAAAGCGUGUUCAUUGCUGCUAAUACUAGGAUGAUGACCAACGACUUCAUCAGCAAUCCCGAGGCUUUUGGGUUUACAGAUUCAGAGGUUGCUUGCUGCGGGCAGGGGCCGUACAACGGGAUAGGCCUGUGCACCCCGGCCUCCAACUUGUGUCAGAAUCGGGAUGUGAAUGUGUUUUGGGAUGCUUUCCAUCCGUCAGAAAGGGCCAACGGGUUCAUCGUCCAGACGAUCCUGAACGGUUCUCCCGAUGUUAUCUCUCCAAUGAAUCUCAGUACCGUCUUGGCCAUGGACAACUUCUCUUAGUGCAGUUUUAACUGUCUAGUCUUUUCAUAUGUGUAAAAGUUUGUAGCUUCCGUCGGCUGUGUUGUUUCGGUGGGUACCAAUGGGUUAUGACUGCGAGGGAAUAAAGAUUGUAGUACCGGGUUUAUGAGAUGCUUUUCUUGGGGGAAAACUCCCUGAUCAGUGGAAGGAUUGUAUUCAAUGUAAUUUGCUUCAUUUUUAGUUGCUUGGUGAUUUGAUUUUGGCAACUUGGUUUCUCAUUAGAUAUUGUUGUAUGUCAGACAUUUCAUAAAUAUAUAAGCUUACUUUUUUCGUUGAAUUAUUUAUUAUAUUACUUCUAGGAUCAACCACCUUUCUUUUGUGUGAAAAUGGUGCAAGCAUCCGUAUCUUAAACUUAAAUCUUGUGGAUUACAAACUCGUCAACAGAGUCAUACAAAAGCCAACGAUCAAUGUUUGGAUCCUUAAAAUUAAAAGAAAUAUAUUCGGGUCUAAUAGGUGAUCCUUGAUAAGCAAUACAAUUGACUAAAAAAUUAGUGUUCCUAUAAAUACGAUGAAUAACAACCACUCAUUCUCUGCAAAAAAAAGUUCAUUCUAGGAUCACAACGCCCCAAAUAUUGUUAGGAUUAUAGGAUAACAACAUUUUCGUCAAACAUAAAAAGUAAAACAUAAUCAAAUUAAAAUAUUAAAAGUUGAUUUAUAACCUACUUGUCCAUGUGUUGCCUCACUCUUUCCCUAUCAAUCCCAAUCGUAAUAAGAACGAUGAAGCCGAUUACUUCAACCUCGCUUGGCCUAUUUCCUUUGAAGAAUUUCAACACAAAGCUAACAGUCCCAACCUUUAUAUUUUGACCUAACUCCCCUGCUUUGCUUGUCUCCGUAGCUUUUGCUGUGCGAGAGACUAAUGAGGGUACUUGUUUCUGACUUUCUAUUUACCGACACGUCGUUUUGUCGGAUCUGGAUAUUUUUUUCAUACCUUCAGGUUUCAGCUCGUUAUUUCUUAAAACUUGAUCCAUGUGUAUUAACUUAUCAGUUGCAGCAUAUAUAGCUGAAUCAGUAUAUUGCUUUCAUGGCUACCUGUUUUGAUGCAAAGUAGUCAAACUUCUAUCCGGCCGGCCGGUUUAAUUAAUUAAGUCCGAUUACAACCGGUUUUAAUUGGACGGUUCCAGAAAAAGUGAAAAUCGGUUAGACCUGUCAAAAUCAGGUGGUUUGAUCAGUCUAAAUCGAAUUGUAAAAUGAGGAUUGAUAAUUUGGUAAUAUAUGAAUGUAAGUUAGUGAGUUUUUUUUUUAAAUAAGUUCAAAUAUAUGCAUAAUUUAUUUUGUAUUAUAGGUUCUCUAAUAUAUUAUGCUAAAAUGACUUGAACUGGUUGAACCCAAUCCGACCCUUAAACCUUAAAUCACUUGUCAAACCGACUUUAUGGCUUAAUUCAGUUUGACAAACUUUUUGUGAAGAGAGAAUGGGGAAUUGAAUGUUGGGUUCUUUAGUUUCGUGGCUGAAGCUGAAUGCUAGGAAUUCUUCGACAAAAAAUACAAGAAAACAACAUAAUUAAAAAACACGAAAAAGUAUAAUAGAAAUACGAGAAAGCAAAUUAUAAGAAGACCAAAAAGAUAAUAAAAUGGCUCACAGAAUCUCCUAAAUCACACCACAAUCACAUAAAACAUAUCAUAAAUAAAUACGAGAAAUCAAAUUAAAAAAAAAUACUACAAAGUAUAUUAGAAACAUGAGAAACACACACCAAAUCUCAUAAAAAUACUAGGAACACGACGAUAAAGCGCACCACAAAUCUCCUGAAGUACACUAUAAACACGAAAAAGAAAGCUAUAAAUAUCUUAUAAGGAU